AUGACAAUCCAUCUUUCCAUGACACCUUCUAUAAUUAGGCCCAAUAAAAAUACUUUGNAAUAAUCAUAAAUAAAAAGUUAAUAUAAGAGAAAAGUUGAGAGCACUCUGAAGACAUUUUGGCUUGAGAUUAAAAUGAAAAAAAUCAUUCAAAAAGAGUAUUAUGCACAAAGUAUAUGGCUAUAAAAAAAUGAAAUGAUGCAUAUUCAAGAUUCAAUCAAUCAGAUUAAAUCAACUAAAUAAUUACUUAAAGAAGAUAGAACAAAUUUACUAUUAAGUAAUUUAGAAAACAUGAAUAAAUUAAAUGAAAGUGUUGAAUUAUUGAAGAAUCUUUUACAUUUAAUAGAUUGAAUUAAUUAUCAUUUCUAUUAAAAAGUGGACUUAAUAUUCAAAAUGUGGAAAAAGUCAUAAAUAAGAGAUAAUCUAAAGAAUAUUAUGAUUAUUAAUUAUUUAUUGAAUUCAUUAAGGAACAAUAAAAUACUUAAAUUCAAGUUAAGAUUGACUUUAAAGUUAAUAUUCAGAAUUUAUUAUCUUCAUUAACAGAAACAGGUUUAAUUAUAAAAUGUCAAUUAUUAUUAGAAAAUCAAAUAACAAAACCUAUUUUUUUAGAGAAUUGUGAUAUGAAAGAUAAUGAAGAUAUAGAAGAAGUUUAACAUUUAUUAAUUUAGGAACUUAAUUUAUUAUAUGAAAAUCAUAAGAAAUAAAUCACAUUAUUUGAUCUUUGUAAAGAGAGAACAAGUUGAAAACGUUUUGGUGUUUAAAAUGUUCAGAUGGUACGAUUAAAUGUACUUCUAUUUAUACAGUUCAUCAAAUUUGGAAAUAAAUUCAAUAAAAAAUUAGAAAAAAUGAAUUAAAAUGCUGAUGUAUUUUAACUAAAAGUAAACUGUCCUAAGGAUUAUUUAUAAAUAAUAGAAAGGAUGUAUUUCUGCAAUUGAAAAUACAACAAAUUAAUUAAAUAUUAUUAAUUAAGAAUAUUCUAGUAAAGUUAAUUCUACAACUAAUAAUUUAAUUAAUACAUCUUGGAAACCGUUGUCUAAAGAAGAAAUUAUUAAAAUUGCAUAAGAUUUAAGCUAUUAAUUAAUAAAAUAGUUAUUAAAAUCCAUUAUCAAUUGAAGAUAAUAAUUAAGAUAAUUAAAUAAAUGAAAUUCUUAAAGACACUGUUUUACGUUUAUAAGAAUGUUAACGAACUUAAUUAAACAAAAUAAAUGGUUUAAUUAAUAAUUUAUUAAUAGUUGAUAAUAUUUAAAGUAAAAUUAAAGAAAGUACUUAAGCAGUAGAAUGUUAAAGUAUUAUAUACACAAUUGAUUAAUAAUGAACAAAACCAAUCGUCUUAGAAUUUUAAUUAAAAGAGUUAGAUUUAUCAAUUCAUCUUAAAAAUCAAAAUAAUUAAGAUUUCAAACAAAAAUUAAAGAAUAAUCAAUACCAUUCACUUAUAAUUUAUUAUAAAAUAAUUCAAUUAAAUAGCCUGAAAGGUGUGGAGCAAUUGCAUUUAAUAAAGAUAAUUGAAUUAUAGCAAUUAGUAGUGAGUAAUAGAUCAAAGUAUUUGAAUUUAAUCAAGAAUAGUUGA